UUAGUCAAAGCAAUUUAAAUUCCCGCCAUUUUUGUUUGAUUAUUGAUUCCGGUUGUAUUUCGCAGUCGCAUUUUAUUUCUCGGCACUUUCUUUUGACGAGUGUUGAAUUUGUGUUAAACUUUGUGAAGGUGUGCUUCUUUUUUAACAGCAUCAACAAAUUUUUGUAUGAGUCAAAAGGUAGAAAAGCCAGUUCUGUCCGGUCAGCGAAUUAAGACCAGAAAAAGAGAUGAAAAAGAGAAAUAUGACCCACUUGGAUUUCGAGAUUCUGUAAUAACUGGACUGGAUAAAUGUGCUAACGAUUUCGAAGCUAUUUCACGAUAUUUGGAUGGAGCAGGCAGCAAACUAGAUUAUCGACGCUAUGGUGACAGUCUCUUUGAUAUACUUAUUGCUGGAGGCAUCUUGGUGCCAGGCGGGACCCUUUCACAGGAAGGCGAAGGUCCGUACAAGACAGAAACAUGCAUAUUUAGUUCACCAGACGAAAUAAAUUUAGAAAUUAUGAAAAGUUGGGAACAAGUCUUUAUAAAGCUUAUGCGCCGAUAUAAGUACUUGGAAAAGAUAUUUCAGGAUGAAAUAAAGACAAUUUUGAUGUUUGUUAAGUACUUCACUCCGGCAGAUAGGAAAAAACUGUCCGUCAUGGUAUUCCUAUGGAUAUCAAAUAAUAGCAUCCCAUUCAACACGGUUGUCGUACUGAAUAAUUCACAUCUCGUAAAGGAGCACUUGGCCCUUGACUUUUUAAUUGACAUAUUUAAAUGGUGGCGUCAAGAUAAGGGGGUAGCUUCUCUACACUCCGCGAUUAAGAAAUAUAACAUUGAGUCGCAUUUGAUGAGUUUCAUCCCGGACACGAAGCAGUCGCAUGCAUACUUCCGUACUGCUUUUCAAGAGAACGGCCUCGAAGAAAUUCUUAAAUUAUACAACGAUCAGCACCAGCAACAAGCCAAAAAGGAGCUGCAAACUUUGCUUUCGGAUGGUCUCCAAGAAAAUAAACCGAUGCGCGAAAUUAUAACCGAACUAAAAGAGUUUGCGACUCGUGAGUUGAUUUUAGAACACGAAACUGUUUGUAUUAUAUGGACUACUGUAAUGGCGCAGGCCGAUUGGAAUAAAAAAGAAGAGCUAGUAACCGAUCAAGCCGUUCGUCACUUAAAACAAUACACCGGAUUAUUUUCUGCGUUUGCACAAAACGCUCGCGCAGAACUGAGUCUUUUGCUCAAAGUUCAAGAUUAUUGUUACUCUAACAUGACAUUCAUGCGCGCGUUUCAGAAAAUUAUCGUAAUGUUCUACCAAGCGGAAGUGAUAUCUGAGCCAGUUAUAUUCAAGUGGUGCAGGGAAGACUAUAACGUAAAGGGAAAGAUGAUGUUUGUAGAUCAGAUGAAAGAUUUCCUCGAAUGGCUGCAGAAUGCCGAAGAGGAAACCGACAGUGAAUCUGAAUCUGCUUAGACUUGAUCCACCCUGGAAUCAGUGCCACUAAUUAAAAGAAAUAUCGCCAAUAACAUUUUUUCCAAUGUAACUUUUAUCAUUGUAUAAACAUUUCUGGUGCCUUACUUGGUUUGUUGUGGCAGGCAAUAGUUGACUGGUGAUCAAACUGUAACAUCUUUAAAUUACUACAUUCUGAAGUCUUUUGGUCAUUGGAAAAAAUGUUAUUUCUAAAAUAUACAUUUCGCCAACUGUCGAAUUAACUUGAUGUUAUAUAUUAUAUAUUAAUGAUUUAUUGUCAAUUUUUUUAAUAUACUAAAGAAAAAAAG